AUGUAUUUGAAUCCGGAAAAAUAUCCAUUCUUUGAAUAUGAAUAUGGAUUUUUAGCAUUUUUCAAUAUGCUUACAAUUGAAGCAUUAUAUCUUCGUCCAGUUAAUACAUUAAGUUUUCAAAUCCUAUAUGAUUGUAUUGUUUAUAAUACUGAUCAAUAUUUCAAAAGUUUAGAUACAAUCGAAAAUGUUGUAAUCAAAAAAUCUAAACGUUUUCAUCAAUAUCAACAAAAUUUUGCUAACAAUUAUCCAAUAUUAUUGAAAAUAAUUCCAAAUUUUAUUCUGGAAACAUUAUUCAGUAUUCGUGUUUGGAUUGAUUCAUGGUUACAAUUGGAUCAUGUUGAUCGAAAAUUAUUCGAACAACAAAAUCGUAUGCGAUUAUUUCCGCAUGCAUCAUUCAAAUGUCGUACAAAUAUUUUAUUAUUUGUAUUAUUGGUUGAUCUUUAUAAUUAUAUCUUCUAUUAUAUAUGCUUUUUUGUCAUAUCAAUAUCAGCAACUAUAAUACUUUAUCAAGGUUAUUCAUUUGAAAUGAUGAAAAAUUCUCUAUUAUUAAAUAUAUGUUUAACAAUCGAAGCAAUAUUAUUUGUAAAUUGUGCAUUUUUUAUGGUAAAAUUAACAAUGUUAAAAUUUGGUAUAUUAAUAUCACAAUAUUUUAUCUAUCAUAAUAAUUGGAAAAAAAUACAAACAUUAAAAUUUAUUUAUCAACAACAUAAUCGUUUAUCAUAUUAUCUAAUAUUUACUAAUCAAAAUCAAUGGAGCCGAUCAUUGUUUAAUAUGGCAUUAAUAUCGAUACCAAUGAAUGCAACAGUAUUAUCUGAAUUUAUUAUUGAAAAAAUGCCAAUGCAAGCACAAUUUAUAUUUAUAUUUGUUGCUUGUAUACAAGGUUGUUUUUGUUUAAGUCCAUUUUUAGUAAUAGCAAUAAUAUGUAAAGAUUUUCAUCAUAUUGAACAAUGGAUAACAAUCAUACAGUUACGCUUGAAAUCAAAAAAACAUUCAAUACAGAUUAAAAUGAAAUUUGAUGAUCUUUAUGGCCGGUUAAUGUUUGGNCGUCAUCGUUAUCAGUAA